AGAGAGCGAGAGAGAGAGAGAGACUGGACGACCCGGUGAAUCGAGUUUACGGAGAAGUGCUCUCGGUGUCUCUAUCGGUGUCUCUUUCGGUGUCCCUCGGCAGCAGGAGGACUUGUUCGUGGACUCUUUGGUGCGCUAAUCAUCGGUGGACUUUGACUGCGCUAUAAAAAACAACCGAUAGAGCCUAUAAAUAAAUAAAUACAUAUAUACAUAUACAUCUUAAGAAGGAGUUGUUCCUUAAGUCCGCGGCGAUGGGGGAGCAGCCGAUCUACACCACCAGGGCCCAUGUCUUCCAAAUUGACCCAACGACCAAGAAGAACUGGGUCCCUGCCAGCAAGCAGGCCGUCACUGUCUCCUAUUUUUACGACAGCACACGCAACAGCUACCGCAUCAUCAGCGUGGAUGGAUCCAAGGUGAUUAUCAACAGUACCAUCACGCCCAACAUGACGUUCACCAAGACAUCGCAGAAGUUCGGCCAGUGGGCAGACAGCAGAGCCAACACUGUGUUCGGGCUGGGCUUUUCUUCGGAGCAGCAACUGGCCAAGUUUUCGGAGAAGUUCCAGGAGGUAAAAGAGGCAGCCAAGCUGGCAAGGGACAAAUCUCAAGACAAGGUGGACACGUUGAGUAAUCACUCCGAGGAGUCUGGACAUGAAACGCAGUCGAACCCCCAGGCAUCCGCCAUUAAUGGAACAGAUGAUGAGAAAAUCUCUCAUGUCAGUCCGGAGGCUGCUGUGCUACAAACGGAGAACGAACGUCUCAAGAGUGUAGUAGAAGAGAGCAACACCAACGCCAAGAAGUGGGAAACAGAGCUGCAGACUUUAAGAGAAAAUAAUGCCAGGCUGGUAGACGCACUGCAGGAGUCCUCGGCUAAUGUAGAGAGCUGGAAGAAACAACUUGGCGCAUGCAAAGAAGAGAGCGACACGCUCAGGGAAAAGAUCGCCGAACUAGAAGCUCAGUGUAAUGAAGCCGAUCGGGAGAAGCAGAAAAACUCCCAGCUGUCUGUACGGGUGCAGGAGCUAGAGGCUGAGCUGCAGGAAAAAGAACAGGAGUUGGAGAACCUGAGGACGCAGGCAGAGAUAAUCCCUCAACUCAUGGCGGAGUGCGAGAGCAUCACUGCAAAACUGCAGACUGCUGAGAUGAAGAACAAGGAACUGGAGGGGAGAGUUGAGGGUCUUCAGCUGGACAUUGAAGACAGUCAACAAAAGCAGGGCAACAUGAAGGGCGAGCUGAAGAAGUUCAUGGACAUGCUGGAUGGAAAGAUAGACGAGCUGCAUGAGUUCAGGCAGGGGCUCUCCAAGCUGGGUGUUGAUAACUAAGUGAAGUGGCACUGAGGUGAAAGGGUCAGAGGUCAGGUACAAAGGAUUCACUACAGUGGCACCUACUUCCCCAAGGUGGUGUCCACUCAGACACUAUCAGCUCUGGCUUCUAAUAAACACUACCAUGCGAGAAAGAGAGGGUUUUGGAGUGGGAGAGAGACUGGCAGGAGGAAGGCCAGCUUGCUCCACCAAAUGGCUCCAUUUUGUGUCCUGGUAUUCUGAAACUAAAUCAACAGUCACAACAUGAGCUUAUUUAUCCGUUUCGGUUUGGGGGGGCGGGGCAGCAGCUUUAAAAAACUGGUGGUGGGUUCUCCGAUUCUGCUCAUCUGUGUUUUUAUUAUUUCUUUGACGGGUGCAGCGCUUCUUCGCCGGCAGCUUAGAGUAGAAGAGGGUACUUGAAAGGGCUCAAAUGAGUAACACAAAGACGAUCUUGAUCAGCACCACUCUAAUAAUAAUCUGUGUUAAUCCCCCUCAGAGAAUUACAGGUGAUUUCUACCGAGCGUCCUCGCCGUGGCCUCUCGUCUAUCUCAGGUGUGUCAGACGGCGGUUUGUACUGAUCAGCCCAUAUGCACAUGUAUACGUGACAAGGGGCCAUGACACAAAGUGCCUCCAGGCAAGUCUAAACCCACCUGGCGAGGAGAACUGGCCAUCGCCAUAAUAAUAACUUGAUGAACAUCCAGCACCUACUUCUAAAGCGAGAGAAGAAGAAGGCGCAUGUAGGCGAUCCCAUCCCCAGGACGUGGAUGGAAGUUAACGGGGCGAGAAGCUCAACGGACAAAAGGGAUGUUUGCACAAACGAUUCCGAGGAAAGACCGCAGCAGGAAGCCAUGAACUCUCUUGUGGGGGGUUACAGUCCUCCUUUUUGGCUAUAUUUUGCAUGAAGGAGGAACGCUCUCUUGCUCUAGUAGCUUCUAAAAACGUCCAAAAAUGAAAAUAAUAGGUACCCCGUUUUCCUGUGUAGUGUAGUGUUCUGAGGACAUGGUGUGUGCAAUAGUGUUUUUGUCCCGCUAAACAAAGACGUCUCCCAGGCUGUUAAUGUGCUUCUUACACACUAGUUUUUCUUAUGGUGGUGGUUGCAUUUUUGGGGAAGGAUGGGUGCGGCGGGGGGGCUCUGUGCUGCUGGGUGGGUGAAUAAUGUGAAAAUGUACUUCACUGAUGACAUUUAGUUUGGCACUGUCGGACUCUUCUGUUUUACACAUAUAUUUAUUUUGGAGCCUGUCUGCAAAUAGUGUUUAUAUACCGACAUACCAAGAAAAUCAACCUUCACCUGAAGUCCUGAGAUGUACGAUAAUGUAUCAAAUAAACUGUCAGGAUUCUCAGGUUUUAUAGUUAUUGGGGGUUUGUUUAGGGCGGUGGUGUCUAAGCUGCUUUUGGGGGAGUCUAUUUUGAAUCAUGGCACAUUUGAGAUCAAAGGCAUUUGUUGUGGCAUAUUUACUGGGUGAUACUAUGAUGUUAUAAGUCUAUAUAUUUUUUCAGCUCUGUUUGGAUCUACAAAAGGACAUUUUGCUCGUUUCUCUGUUUACCCAAACUGCUCUAAUUCUCGUGAACCCGGAACACAAAGUAUGACCCUUUCUUUUAAGGCCAAUGCCUUUUGUUCACUUUUGUGACUCCUGUUCAAUAUUGUACAAUAGAAAUGACAAUUGUUAAAAUUUAGUUUGAUUACAACGCUGAGCCUGGUGUCUUCUUUUGAAGUUGAAGUAGUGGAGCACUUUAUUUGCAGAGAGCUCCAUAGAGAGGUUUCCCAUAAUCCCCAUUGUGGGUUCUGUGUAGGAAACCGAAAUUCUGUCGAAGCCCACUAAUAUGCAGCGAUUAAAGUCUUGAGGCAUUCUUUUCCUGGAUGAGGAUCGCAGAGAAGGAGGUGGAAUAAACCUACGGUGCCAGAGCUGCAUCCCGUCGAGGCUCAAGCACAGAAGUCUUUGUCCCCGCUGUUGAUUUACAUCGCACUAAAUAUAGAUGUAAUCCUAACACACAUAAACACAGCAAAAGAAGUGGGAUUCAUCCACUUACUGACACGUGUCAGAUCAGAACAAAUGAAGCAACACACAGACAUGAGCCUGUUUGAGAGAUGGAAAAUACAGCGUCAUCGCAGCGCUGAGGACGUAGCUGCAGGGCUGUAUCAGGGGACAUGUUUCCUUGGCAACUUAAUCCCUCUGGUUUUCUGUUGUUGUGAACAACAGUUUGAAUGAUUGACAACGAGAAGUAUAGAUACCAAGCAACUUUACAACAAUGAAUCCCUUAAAAAAACAGUCAGUCAUCACUCUUUGAUGUUGAUCUUUCCAAGGCACUGAUUCAUACGUCUCCAUUGUCUGCGAUCAGCUGGACGCCACAGGUGUGUAUGGGUGGAAGAUCUUAUAUGCAGUCUUUUAGGGUUUAAAUGAUUGAUGAAAUUAAGUCAGCUGACGGAAAAUGAACUAUUGUAGGGCUAUUAUUUUCACUAAUAAACUAAUUUGACCGUCUAAAAGACUAAAUAUAGACAUUAAAAUAUUUUGU